CGCCGUGCCCUGUAGAUGGCGCUGUGUGUGGAUGGCCCGGAUUUGAGGUUGGCGCCACUCCUGACCGCUGCUCCGCUCUUUGUUGCCUCGGAUAUCAAUGCGGGCACGCCAACUGCUCGAGUGUGGGGCCUUCUGAAGCUGUACUCGCUGCCGGUCAUGUUUUCCUACGAGUAUGUCACGGAGGAGCAGCUGGCCGGCUUCGACAAAUACAAGUAUAGUGCAGUGGACACCAAUCCGUUGUCUGUAUAUGUUAUGCACCCCUUUUGGAACUCUGUAGUAAAGAUUUUACCCACAUGGUUGGCACCAAAUCUGUUGACGUUCUGUGGUUUCAUGCUGCUAGUACUUAAUUUUUGUAUGCUGGCCUAUUUUGAUUAUGAUUUCUAUGCUUCAGGUGAAGAUUAUGAGCACGUUCCAAGUUGGGUAUGGGUUGUUGCUGGUCUUCUAAAUUUUACAGCAUAUACUCUAGAUGGAGUUGAUGGGAAGCAAGCUAGACGAACAAACUCCAGUACUCCCCUUGGAGAACUCUUUGACCAUGGUUUGGACAGCUGGGCGUGCAUAUUUUUUGUGGUCACUGUUUACUCUAUUUUUGGACGUGGGGAGGCUGGUGUCAGUGUCUUCACACUUUUCCUCAUUUUGUGGGUGGUUCUGUUUUCCUUCAUCCUUUCCCAUUGGGAGAAGUACAAUACAGGAAUUCUUUUCCUUCCUUGGGGAUAUGACAUUAGUCAAGUGACCAUUUCAAUUGUAUACAUUAUAACUGCUAUUGUUGGAGUUGAAGCUUGGUAUGGACCCAUCUUCCUCAAUUUCCAGUACAGAGAUCUCUUUACUACCAUGAUAUUGAGUUGUGCCUUUAUUGUCACAUUUCCUGUGAGUUUGUACAAUGUUUUCAAGGCAUAUCGGUCUGGCACAUUGAAGCAACACUCUUUCUAUGAAGCCAUGCUUCCAUUCGUUUCACCAGUAUUACUCUUCGGUCUCUGUCUACUUUGGGUCCGUAUAUCACCAUAUGAUGUUCUAGAGAAACAUCCAAGAAUUUUAUAUUUUUUAGUUGGGACAGCAUUUUCUAAUAUUACGUGCAAGCUCAUAGUUUGCCAGAUGAGUAACACACGCUGUCAGCCCCUCAGCUGCCUUCUCUUGCCUUUGGCUGUGGGUGUACUCAUUGUGAUCUCUGGUACCCUACAUGACAAUGAAUAUUAUCUCCUUAUCAUAUUGACCACAGUGGUAACUGCUGCACACAUUCAUUAUGGAGUAUGUGUGGUAAAUCAGCUGAGCAAACAUUUUAACAUAUACGCCUUCUCCUUGAAGAAACCAAAUACCGAAUGACUAGAGGAAGAAGAGCAGAAAAUUGGUUUGCAGGCUUCUGAAAUAUUGUAAUGAAUGGUCAUUCCAGCAGCCUGUGAAUGCUUCAGCCAUCACUGUAAACUGUGCCCACCACCGUCAUCAGUAGAAAACAGAAGAAUAAGAUGGUUCCUAAGUAUUAAAAUUGUUUUAUAAGUGAUUUGCAGGUGUAAUAGUUAAAUUAAGUAUUUAAAUAGACAUUGAAUGUGCACAAGUAAACAAUGUGUGCAACUGACUAGCACUGGAUUUUAUUUUUGUGUUGCUGUCAUUAAACUUCUGUUGUGCUGUUGAAGUCUUUAAUAACCUAGAUGGUAGCAUGUAUUUAAGAAAAUCUGGGAAAUCUUUCAACAGAUUUCUAUUUUAUAGAUUUGCAGUCUAAGACUUGGGCAUUACAAUUACGUUUUUGUAACUUACUCAUUAGAAGUUCUGUGCAGCUUUUUCUUAAAUACCUGUUUUGAAAGAUCAUUUCACUUUGUUCAUGGUACCAAUCAGGCAAUGUUCAUAUUUUAUUUCAUAGUCCAAUUAAGUAAACAUGAUAAUGGAAACUGACUUGUUUUAGAGGGGCAGUAUAUAUUGAAAAUUGUCAAAAUGUGAUUCAGGCAUGUAUCUAAAGGAAACAUUUUGAAUGAGUAAAAUAUAGAACUUACAAAGGGAAUUGAAUGAAAAUGUACAAUCAUUUUGAACAUUGAUAAUUCUCAGAAACCAAUCAAAACCUUUUGCUAUUUUUACUUUUUCAUAUAUUCAGUUUUGUGAUGGUGAAUGCAUGCUGAUUUUCUACUUUAUUUUUCUUUACUGGAGGAUUGUGCUUGAAUGAAGAGUAUACUAAAAGCCUUGGAGCAAAGUAUACUUGGAAGGAACAAGCAUGACUAACACUAACUGUAUAGUUUCAAAAGCAAAAUAUUCGUACCUAAACUGUGUUUAGGAAAGGCAAUGAAUUUACUGUGUGGAGUUUGACAUUUUAGUGAUUUCACUGCUUUGGGGUUGGUGGGUGAUGUUGGGAUUAUGUCGGCGGUCCAGCUUGAUAGUGUAACGAUUUGGCAUGAUGGGUCCUUCCUAAAGUGAUUACAAUUUAGUAAAGAUUAUUUUCCAUGAAGGUACUGUAUUUCUUACAAGUAAUGAUUACCAUAAUAAAACAUGGCAACAAUAUUCAUCUUCAUAUUA